AUGGAAAGAUCAACCUCUGUCAAGAACCUUUACCCUUUUGGAGGCAAAGAGGGACGCUUCGGAUUUAUAGUGUUGAUGCUGUUGAUGAGCGGUGCUAGACUGAUAACGGCAAGAAUGGAAUUUCCGACUCAGGUGGAAAUAGGAGAGCUUAGCAAACAAAACAAUACAGCAAUCAAGACCGUUCAGGGUGCUAACGGCGAGAUAAUUGACUGCGUAGAUAUCUACAAGCAACCUGCAUUCGACCAUCCUUUGCUGAAAAACCAUUCCAUUGAGCUGAGGCCAAGUUUUAUACCUGACAUGAAAAGAGGUAAUUCUUCCUCAUAUGCAAUUGCUGAACAAAGUUGGCUAAAGAGCGGAAGCUGCCCCAAGGGAACAAUCCCCAUUCUAAGAGCAACAAAAGAUGGUCUUCUCAGAGCGAACUCCUCUGGGAGCUGUAGUAUUCACGACGUCGAGCCGACAAACUGCAGAGUUGAAGUUGCAGGGGCACGCGCUAGAGCAGAGGCGCCUUAUUAUGGGGUUACUGGAAUUAUCAACGUCUGGAGUUUGCUUGUCAUGACCAAAGAAUGGAGCUUGAGCUCAAUUGCUGCUGUCAGUCAACAAAGUUUCGUAGAAUCUGGAUGGGGAGCGAGCCCUAUCUUGUUUGGGGAUAGCAAAACGAGGUUUAUUGCCAACUGGAGGGAUGGUAACAAGGGAUGCUUCAAUCUGAGAUGCCCUGGCUUCGUUCAAGUUAGCAGCACUGUUGCCCUUGGUGCUUUCCUCUAUCCCACAUCAGAAUACAAUGGGAAACAAUACGUGAUACAGCCAACAAUUUAUAAGGAUGACGUCCAAAAGAAAUGGUGGUUGAUGCUUGAGGAUGAAGUUGUUGGCUACUGGCCAAUGGUUUUGUUCUCUAAUCUUGAGUCUGCUUCAAUUGUUGAAUGGCUCGGGCGAAUUUCUCAUCCAUCUCGAUUACCUACAUGCAUGUAG